AUGAAGACACCAAUUAAAUAAGAGUUAUUAGAACAAUAUAUUGGUAUGGGAUUUUCUAAAGAAUUGAUUAAUAUGGCAUGGGAAGAGAGUAACACAGAAGCUGAAGUCAUCAAUACUCUAUUAACAUUAUCAGACAAAAAUAAUGCACUUUCUAAUACACCCACAGUAAUUCUAUAUUUGAAUAAAUCUAUUAGAAACAAGAUGAAGAUGUUUAACUAAAUUAAGCAUUAAUAGACUCUUAUAAAACUAAUCCAUAAGCAGCAACAACUACAUUUGAAAUUGUAUCACCAGAAUAAAGAAAAAGAAAUAAUGGUGUACCAUGUGGUCUUAAGAAUGUUGGUAACACCUGUUAUUUUAAUGGAUUACUCUAAACAUAUUUCUUUAAUAGUGAUUUUGUUAAAAUCAUUAUCAAAUUUCAACCACCUCCUUAAAUUGAAUAAGGUAAAUAAGGAAAAUCCAUUUAAUUGGUGUUAAAUCUUUAACAUCUAUUCCUAAGUAUGAUAGGAAGUGAUAAAAAAUAUGUUGAUCCAUCAGAUGUAGUUAAGAGUAUUUGUGAUGAUUUUGGAAAUGUUCUUCCUAUUGGUGAUUAAAAGGAUGUUGGAGAAUUCAAUCAUUAUUUUUUAAGUAGAAUUGGAGAAGGUUUAGCUUAUAAUGAACAUUAACCUAGUAAAAUAGAAGAUUAACCUCAUGAAGGUUCUUCUUCUAUUUUAAGAUUGAAAUCAUCUACUAUCCAUGAUGAAGAUCCUGUUUCCAAAUUAUUCUUUUGUAAAGUACAUCAUUACUUGUAAUUCGAUUAAGCUGGUGUACCUUAAAGUAGAGAUAGUACUGAACUUUAUAAUUUCAUUCCUAUUGAUUUAAAAGAUGGAAAUCUUUAUGAUGCUUUUGAUAAUUUUAUUAUCAAUUCUAUUGAAGAUUUUAAAAAUGAUUUAAGUGAAACUGUUUGUGCUACCAAAUAUAAUUGGAUUUAAGGUGCUCCAUAAACAUUAUCAUUUUAAAUUUAAAGAGUUACUUAUAGUAAAGAGAAAAGUAUUAUAUAAUUUUAUAUUUAUUUUAGAUGAUCUUAUAAAACAAAAUGAUGAAUUUUAAUUUGAAGAAGAAAUCUAUUUAGAUCGUUUCCUUCAUGAAAAUAGUAAAAGAUAUUUAGAUAUCAGAACAUAAAUUAGAGAAUUAAAAAUUAAACAGAAAAAAAUUAAAUAAGAAUUAUAAUUAUUUUCAAAAUUUGAUGAUAAAUAUGACCUAUAAGAUAUUCUAUUAACAACAGUGAAAUUUUUAUAAAUGUAAUCAAAAGAUAAUCCUCAUAAUCCUGCCAAUUUUGGUCAUUCCGAUUAAAAAAAUACUAUAGAAUAACUCUAAAAAUAUUCAUAACAAGUCUUAAAAAGAAAAGAAGUCUUAUAACAAUAAUAUAAUGAUUUAGAAGAUAAGAUAUAAGCUUCUUAUAAUAAUUUUAAAGGAAAUAAAUAUAAUUUAUAAUCUAUUUUAAUUCAUGAAGGAAUGGCAAGUAUAUAUAUAAUUUUUAUUUUAUAUCUUAGAUUCUGGACAUUAUUAUACUUACAUCAAAGAUUUUAGAUUAAAUAAGUGGUUUAAAUUUAAUGAUAUUCAUGUAACAGAAGAAACUAGAGAUAAAGUAUUUCAAGAUGCUUUUGGUGUGAAACCAGGUAUCAAUGCUUACUUACUUGUUUAUGUUAAGAAUCAAAUUGUACAAGAAGAAUUAAAAUAUCCAUAGAGGUUGUAUUAAACAAGCACAGAAAAUGAUUAUUUAAAAGAUAAUUAUGGAGAUUUCCUUAAUCAAUCUUAAAUUGAUUGUAUUAAAAGAGAAAACUAAUUAUUUUAAAAUGAAAUAGAAGAUUAUAAAUAGGCUAGAAUAAUAGAUAGAAUUGUAGAGUCAUAUCAAAGUAGGUUUGAAUUUGUAAAUGAACAUUUUCGUACUCUUGUUAAUAAGACUUAAAGUAUUAAAUUUAAACCAUUAUUUACUUUAAAUUUCCCAAUUUAUAUUAAAUGUAAGGCUACAUAAUUAUCUUAUUAAAAUACAUAAUAUGAUAAUUUAGUAAAAUGGAUUAUUUUAGAUUCUGCUUUACGUGAAGUUUAAGAAAAUAAAGAAGGUAUAUUUGGUGGAUAAUUAAGUGAGAAUGUAUAAAUUAAUUUAUAAAUUUUAGUUUAAAAAUAAAAUAAUAAAUAAAUUUACAGCUUAAUUCAAUGAAUAUAAAAGACCAUCACAAAAUUUGACUUAAAAUGAAUAGAAUGAUUUAAAUAAAUUUGAAUAAGAAUAUUUAAAUUAUGUAAAUUUAGGAGCUUGGGCUACAUUAGUAUUAGACUAUUUAUUGAAAGCAGAAUUUAUAUAAGCUCUUUAGGUUUUAUAGUAUUUGACUAAGAAAGUGAAAACUUUAGAAUAGUAGAAUUAUUUUUUUAAAUUUUCUAAGAAUUUAAAGACUUUGUUACCUAUAAUAAUAAUAGGUAGAAUGAUUCCAAAAGAAUCUGAGGUCAUUUUAAAGGAAUUAUAAGUUUUAUAAGCAUAUUUAGUGCAUAAUCAUUUUUAAUAUGAUGAUCCAAAGAUUUGGUAGGCAGAAAUUUCAAUUAUGUUAAAUGCUAUAAUAGAGAAUCAUAAUGAAUAAGCCAUAAAAGAAAUUAUUAUUAAUUUUGAAGAUGGAAAUAAGAUAAAAGAACAUAUGGAUUUAUUAGAAUUUGUAUCUGAGGUAUGAUAAUUAUUGAAAAAACUGUAGGAAAUUCAAAAUUAAUAAAUGAUUUUAAGUACUUCUUAUGAGAUCUAUCUUUGGAGUCCAUAUCCCAAACAAGAUACAAUUUUUGAUAAGUUAAUAGAAGGAAUGAAUAUGUUAAAAUAAUUAUUCGAUGUAAGAUUAAUAUUAAGUAUGUAGCCCUAUAUAUAAAUUCAAUUGGCUAUUAAGGAGGCAUAUUAACCCCUUAUGAAAGAAGAAUUAGAAAAAAUGAUAAAAUGA